AUGGCCAGGCCCUUCUUCCGACUGCAGACGCUGCUGCGGCGCACGCAGGUCCUGCUGUUCCUCCUCACAGCCGCCUACCUGAUGACCGGCAGCCUGCUGCUGCUGCAGCGCGCCCGUGUGGCCCUUCCGCCAGGGCCCCGAGCGCCUGGCCCCCUGCAGGCCUUGCCCGUGGCCGCCGUGGCUCUGGGUGUGGGCCUACUGGACAGCAGGGCACUGCAGGCCCCCCGCGUCAGCCCGGAGCUGCUGCUCGGCGUGGACAUGCUGCGGAGGCCCCCGGCCCGGCCCCGGCCCGGCCCCCGCGGGCUCCGGAACCGGAACUCAGAGCUGCGGCAGCUGAGACGCCGCUGGUUCCAGCACUUCAUGGGGGACCCCCAGGGGCCGCCCGCUCCAGGUCCUGAGGCCCCCAGGCCCGCGGCCAGCAGCCAAGACAUGUACGUCGGCUGCUUCAGCGACGGCGGCCGGGACAGAACCCUGAAGGGCGCCGUGUUCUUCGACUUGAGAAAGAUGACCGUCUCCCACUGCCAGGACGCGUGCGCGGAGCGGUCCUACGCGUACGCGGGCUUGGAGGCCGGGGCUGAGUGCUACUGCGGGAACCGGCUCCCGGUGACCAGUGUCGGGCCCGAGGCGUGUAACCACGAGUGCAAAGGGGAGAAAGGCUCCGUGUGUGGGGGUGUGGGCCGGCUGUCCGUCUACCGCGUGGAGGAGCUGCCGCCCGGCUCCAGGAAGCGGAGGACCGUCACGUACCGUGGGUGCUUCCGACUGCCGGAGAACGGCACCCACACCUUCCCGGACUCCCUGGCACAGGCCAACGCAACAGUGGACGCGUGCUCGGGGUUUUGUUCCCAGAAGGAGUUUCCCCUGGCCAUCCUGCGGGGCUGGGAGUGCUACUGUGCUUACCCCACACCUCAGUUCAACCUCCGGGAUGCCGUGGACAGCGCACUGUGUGGCCAGGAGCCCAAGGCACAGAGGCUGGCCGAGUACUGCGCGGUUUACCAGACGCCCGUGCAGGAUACUCGCUGCACAGACCGGCGGUUCCUGCCCACCAAGGCCAAGGUGUUUGUGGCUCUCUCGAGCUUCCCGGGAGCCGGGAACACGUGGGCGCGGCACCUCAUUGAGCACGCCACCGGCUUCUACACGGGGAGCUACUACUUCGACGGGACCCUGUACAACAAAGGGUUCAAGGGCGAGAAGGACCACUGGCGCAGCCGGCGCACCAUCUGCGUGAAGACCCACGAGAGCGGCCGCAGGGAGAUCGAGAUGUUCGACUCAGCCAUCCUGCUGAUCCGGAACCCGUACCGGUCCCUGGUGGCCGAGUUCAACCGCAAGUGUGCCGGGCACCUGGGCUACGCCGCCGACCGGAACUGGAAGAGCAAAGAGUGGCCGGACUUCGUGCGCAGCUACGCGGCCUGGUGGUCCUCGCACGUGCUGGACUGGCUGCGGUUCGGCAAGCGGCUGCUGGUGGUGCACUACGAGGAGCUGCGGCACAGCCUGCUGCCCACGCUGCGGGAGAUGGUGGCCUUCCUCAACGUGUCCGUGAGCGAGGAGCGGCUGCUGUGCGUGGAGAACAACAAGGAGGGCAGCUUCCGACGGCGCGGCCGGCGCCCGCACGACCCCGAGCCCUUCACCCCCGAGAUGCGGGCGCUGAUCGACGGCUACAUCCGGACCGUGGACAAGGCGCUGCGCGACCAUGGCGGGGCCGGGCUGCCUGGCGAGUACGUGCCCAGAUGA